AUGGUUUCCAGUUCACCCCUCACAGUCCCUUCAGUAUUCCCCUGCCAUGUGACCACAUCUUAUGACUUCCUCUUUUGCAUGUGCAGGCAGAUAUACUGUAUCCACUUUCAAAGUUACUCAGUCACAAUCGCACAAAGUGACAAUAGAUUUCAGAUUCCCCUUUUUUUUUUUCGUUCACUGCUGUGCUCACUUCAGCCGCAGGAGUUGUCCGAUAUGGCCGCACACUUCAGUUUAUGCUUCCAGAUUGCUGUCAUGUUUUUGUGUUGUACAGUGUGUUGUACUGGGAUUUCCUGUAGAAAUGAAGCUGGCGAGCCUGUUGAUUGGUUUAUCAUCUACAAGCUGCCCAGGUAUAAGAUUGGCGAGGUCGGCAGUGGGGUGGACUACAUGUACCUGGACUCCUCAGUAGAGAACUGGCAGAUGAGUAAAUUCAUGGUUAACACCAGUCAAGGAGCCAUAGCGAACACACUGAACCAACUUUACAUGGGAAAGGCCUAUAAGUCUAACAGCUCAGUCUAUGCACUCUACAAUGAUGCUCCACCAAUUCUGGAUUAUGUUCAAGGAUAUGGACACACUAAAGGGGUACUGCUCUUUGACCGCUCUCAAGGCUUUUGGCUGUCACACAGCAUCCCACAUUUUCCCUCGUUCCCUGAGAGAGGCUACCUUUACCCCUCCUCUGGCAAAGUCAAUGGCCAGACCGCUCUGUGUGUGACCUACCAGUAUGAGCAGUUUCUCCGUAUAGCAAAGCAGGUGGCCUACCUUUACCCACGUUUCUAUAACUGCUCUGUGUCCGCUGCAUUCGCUGAAGACCUGCCACAGCUGGCCCAGCUCUGCGAGGGCUCCAAACCAACACUGGCCUCAGAUAAGAGAAUGGAGCAGCUUUUCUCAAUCAAAGGGGACAAAUUUGUCAGUUUUGUCAAAUCUGAACAUUAUGUGGAAGAUAUCUACACGGGCUGGGCGGCUCAGGCCCUGCACGCCGACCUGCUGGUGGAGUCGUGGCAGAGGCAAGGUCACGAUCUGCCCUCCAACUGCUCCCUGCCCAAACACACCAUGAACAUCAAGAGGAUUCAGCUUCCCGGAUCGGUCAUGUUCCGUUCCUACCACGACCACUCCAAGUGGUGUGUGUCACAGGCUUAUGAGGACCAGGUGACCUGCGUGGGAGACCUGAACAGGGAGAAGCCCCAGCUGUGGCGUGGCGGAGGGCUGAUCUGCUCCUUCAACCCCUUGAUUUACAAGGCUUUCAGACAGCUAGUGAACUGGUACAUCAGCUGUUGAACGAGAGAGAGAAAGACAGGACGAUUGGGACAGUAUCAGUCUCUGACUCAGUGGUUUAAAUCUCUUUUAAACUGUGUGACUAAAUGUGGAAGUUGAUCCUGUUAGAAUCCUCAUGCCAGAAAAGUAUCAAAUAAGACAUCAAUUUAAAAAAAACAGUCAUAAGAAAUGUUUGAAUUUAACAACACUGGCUUCGCUAAUAGCUGCUUAGCUAAUUGGACCCUUGCUAAGUACAGUUCGUUCUCAUUGCAUAUUUAUAUCUAAGUCAAUUCUACUUUCAUUUAUGCUUUUGAACUUACCUUACCUGUGAAUAUGAGAAACUUUUUUUCCUCACUGUGUUUUUGAUGAACUGUCCAUAAAUUAUGUAUGUCCAAUUCUGAAUAUAUUCAGACUUAAAAAGAUCAAAGGUUAUGGAGCCCAAAGGUAAGAGAUUAGGAUAAAUCUUCAUGCUGAAGUAAUUGGUGUUUUGUGCAAAUGGUGUCACCUAGUGGUCAGACUGCAGUUACACUGUAAGUGUAGUAGCAUUUUCUCUGUGGAUUAUUACAGAGUGCCUGACUAAAUUUUUAUUUUCCUUAAACAUAUCAGAAAUUCUGCCACAGGACUGAGAUUGACUCUACUUCAGAAUCAUAUGCUUAACAUUAAUAAAGACAUCGGCCAUA